AUGUUCGGUGUGUUGUGUGUUCGGGUUUGUAUAUGGGUCAGCAGGGGCUCCAAGUACGUGAGCAGGGGUCGGAGAAUAGGCAGCUACAAGCUGUGCUGGUGAGUCGGCAGGUGAUAGGCAUCAUGCAGCCAGCCAUGCACAUGUGUGAGUUUCAUGUGUUCAGGUGCCCUCAAUCCCGGUUCGCUGAUAACUCCUGUACGACGGCUGAAGACUGGUCUGAUGCCGGAACGCUUACUGUGACGCCAGGUAUAUUGAAGCCAGCGUCAAGCGAUAGUCGAUGGAUGCGAAGCUCUCUCUCUCUUUGUGAUUCUUUUACUUUCAGAUGCAACCACGAAGUAAUGAUCAAUGUUGGGUGCAGAGACACGCACAUGAAAUACACGUGUGUGUUGCGCAGCACUGACGAACCACCCACCUCAUCUGAGACACCUGGCAGCAGCAGGAGCAGCCCUGAACCUGACACAAGCACAGGUACAGCUAUAUAUAAGCGAGAACUCUCACUGCUCACAUUCUCACGUUCUCCUCUCAACACGCACGUCCUAUGUAGGCGAACCGACCGGAGAUGACGGCAAGGACAGCAAUGCAUUCAGGUGCGUGCGUGCACAUUACGUACACUCGUGUCUCCCUGUGUUUUUGUGCGUUGCCGACAUGCAGCGGCGGUCCUCUCUACCUGCUGCUUCUGGCCCUGACCCUGCUCACAUUCAUCCAGUGAGAAACGGCUAGCUGCAUCGAUCGACAAGCCAAUUAAUCCACGCUCAAGCUGCUGCUGUUGGUUUAGUGCUUGAAGCCAUGCAUGCAUCGACCGACUGACCGACAUGUUCUCUACUGUUUGUGUCUCUCUACAUGUCUCUCUCUGUCUGCCUAAGUCUGUCUGUCAUGCUGUUUGUGUCUGUCUGUCUGUCUGCCACAACUCUAAUCUGCCUGCUUGCUGCGGCCUGUCUGCUAGCACUGACUGAUCGAUUUACCUACCGCCACACACCUUUUUUCUUCUCGACAAAGAGUACCAAAAAGAGACCUUAAUUGCAAAGGACCAUUCCUUUCUUUUUUCCAUUUGUUGCCGCUGAAUGGUCGGCAAGAAACAUCGACUGAGUGUUGGUUGCUACUGCGCCUGCCGACUCAUCAUAACCCAUAUGAGAAUCGAAGCCAUUAAGAAAUCGUCAAUGCGAAUUUCUUUUCUCUCUGAUUAUUCUGCUUUCAGCACCGACGACCACGAGGUGAUGGUGAUUGAUGUAGACACGAAUAUAUACACCCAUAAAUACACACGUGCGUGUGUGUGUGUGUGUGUUUUGUGCAGCACCACUGAGGAGCCCACCACCACUACCAUGAUGGUUAUCGAUGGAGAUCGGGUCGACAUAGAGGCGGGCGGCACCAGGUAAGAUGCAUGCAGACAAGCAGGCCACUGAUGUCUGUCUGUCUGUCUGCCUGAAUGAAUGAAUACCAGCGUGCCCAUUUCUCCCAUUUCUCCUUGGAGGCCUGCAAGCGAGCUGGAAAUUGACAUGCCGACUUGUUGGCCGACGGGCACAUCACAAUCGACAGCAUCGACACCGACGACCAUGAGGACGCGGCAACUGCAUGUCACAUGCCAUCCGCCACGAAGGUGUCUUGUGUCUUAAGCUCCUAUCCCGAGCGCAUCACUUUGGCAGAGGACAGCCCGAUUGCGGAUGUCGAGGGCACCAGAUAUGACGAUGUCAUCACGGGCAAUGCAAAAGAAAAUACGCUGACAGGUUUGGAGGGGAAUGACGUUAUCGUCAGCGGCGGAGGGGACGACACCCUUUUCGGAAUGCAGGAGCCGACACCUUGUAAGAAGCAUACAGCACAGACGUACAGUAUAGCUUUUUGUCUCUUGUCGGAUGCAGUGUGAUUCCUGACAAGGCGGGCCACAUAACCAUCCCCGUAUUUGACAUACUGGACCAUCACAAUUAUCAUGACGUACUGGACGUGACUGAAUUCCCGACGAUCACCAGCAUGGCCGAUCUCAUGUCUCGCGUAUCGGAGGGGAGCGUUGUCAUCGACGUGGACCAAGGUUUCUCGGUGACUAUACGGAACAUCAUGCCUUCAGACAUGUGUGAGGAAUAUUGCUCCUUUCCCAUGCUGCAAUCCUCUUCAACAGGCGAGAAUAUAGAUAUUGGCUACUUACUUGCCUGCUUGCGAUGAUAUACGAGGCCUGUUGUCGUUCCUAUUCUUCAUGCAGAAUCGUCAUGUGGCGUCUUUGACUUCAGCAAGGAUUGCCUGGAUCAAGAAGGCUUGGGCGGCGUCUUCAUCAUCAUCCUUGCGUGCCUUGUCUUCAUCUCCAGUGCUGUCGCCUUGUCCUGGGUCCUGAUACGCAAAUCGCCCUGGAAGAAGGCCGAGAAGAAGAAAGCCGAGAAGAUCGAGGAGGGCGCCGAGGAGGGCGAGAAAAAGGAGCCGCUGACGGCCAUCGCCAUAGCUGAGACAGGAGAGGAGCACAAAGAAGCCACAACGAAAUCUACUCAUCCAGUAGAGGCAGCUACGGCCAUUUAA